AUGGCCCUCUCCAACCAGAUCGCUCAGUCCUCGAGACAGGCCGAGGAAGAGGCCCAGAUCCGCUAUGUUAUCAACAACCUCGAAGCCAUCAACCGCAAACUCGGCGAGGCCGACCCCACCGAGAUCAUCGAAUGGGCUAUCAACAACCUGCCGGGACUCUAUCAGACCACUGCUUUCGGCAUCACGGGCUGCGUCACGGUCGACAUGAUCUCUCGCAUCAGCGAGCAGCGUGCUGCCAAAGAAGGCCGCCCUGCCAAGCACCUGGUACCACUCAUCUUUGUCGACACGCUCUACCACUUCCCGCAGACGCUCGACCUGGCGCACAAGGCGGCCAAGCACUACAACGCCGAGAUGCACGUCUACACGCCACCGGGCACCAAGACUGUGCGCGAGUUUGAGGACAAGUGGGGUCCGCAGCUGUGGGAGAAGGACGAGGACACGUACGACUACCUCGUCAAGGUCGAGCCUGCGCGUCGAUCGUACGAGGAGCUGGGUGUCCGCGCCGUCUUCACGGGCCGUCGUCGAUCACAGGGCGCCGACCGUGCCUCGCUCAAAGCGGUCGAGGUGGACGAGACAGGACUGAUCAAAGUCAAUGCACUAAUGAACUGGUCCUUCGGUCAAGUCGAUGCCUACGCCAAAGCCAACGCUGUACCCUACAACGAGCUGCUCGACCUGGGCUACAAGUCGAUCGGCGACUGGCACUCGACGGCGCUGCCUGGCUCGGGCGACUCGGGCGAGCGUGCAGGCAGGUGGAAGGACAAGGCUGGCAAGACCGAGUGCGGUCUGCACAAGGACUACUUCAAGAUGAAGAACCUCGCCGAAAAGAAGCUGCGUGAAGCUGAGCUGGCGCGCAAGGACGAGGCCAAGGACAAGGCGGCCGCGGCGGGAGCGCAAGCAACGUCCCCAGCCGCUAUUGCGUAA